GCUCUCCGCCUCGCCCGGUUUGUCUUUUGGUUUCUCGGCCGAACUUUAUACUUCUCUUCUCACCCUAUCAUAUCUAUCUUCCGGUUUUACAUGAAAAAAUCUCUCAAACUUUUUUAGAAAAUCAAACACAUUUGGUCGGAAAGAUUUUCCGGUGAAUCUAUUUGGUUCUUUCUGUGAAUUUUCUCCGGCGGAGGUGUUGUGAACUGAUUUUGUUUUGUGUUUUGCAUCGUGAUUUCGUAGCAUAUCGGGAGCUCAGAAAAAUGGUUGUUAUAUGAUUGUUGUUGGGUCUAACCAAAUAUUUUGGAUCAUUACAAAGGGCUUGAACUUCCCUAGCAACCUGGAAUUUUAUUGACCACCUUCCUAUACGCGGAUCGAUAUUACGGUUUUUAUCAGUUUGAAAUGGUAUAUGAGCUUUGUCCUCCUUAUUAUAAUGCAGCAGACUGUGAUACAGAUAAAGAUAUGGGCAGCGCUUCCAAAUUCGUUCACGUUCUACUUUACCGCCAGCCUUUGCAAUGGCUAUGCCAGCGUGCGGGAGCAUGAAGUCUAGACAUAGAUGCCCCGUCCAACUCUUCUCUUUAUAGCCACAAGGUUGCCUUCUUUCGUUCGAUGUUGUCGAAGGUUUUUUGCAUCGGACAGUUUUGAAAACUCAGCCGAGGAAGAAAUUUAUUCUACUCUGUUGCGUAGAUAUGCCGAAAAAUCUGACUCAUAUCACGGAAGAGGAAUUCAUGCUAAGUUCGUCAAAGGUUCUCUUCCCUUUUCUCUUUUCCUCCGUAAUCACUUGCUCAAUAUGUAUGUCAAAUGCGGUGAUCUGGUCAAUGGUCUCCUACUGUUUGAGGAAAUGCCCGAAAAGAAUGUCGUGUCGUGGUCAGCUGUCAUUGCGGGUCUCGUUCAACAUGGCUGUCCUAAUGAAGCUCUUUCUCUGUUUUGCCGUAUGCACCGUGAUGGAACAACGAAGCCCAACGAGUUCACCCUCGUCAGCACACUCCACGCAUGCUCGUUAGUGGAGAAUUUGACGCAGGCAUAUCAACUUUAUUCAUUCAUUGUUCGCUUGGGAUUUGAGUCAAACAUUUUCUUGCUGAAUGCCUUCUUGACAGCUUUGAUAAGGCAUGGUGAAUUGGCAGGGGCUCUGGAAGUCUUUGAGAAUUAUCGAACUAAGGAUAUUGUGUCUUGGAAUGCCAUGAUGGCUGGGUUUUUGCAGUUCUCUUUUGCGGACGUGCCCAAAUUUUGGUAUCGAAUGAUUUGUGAAGGUGUGAAGCCUGAUAGUUUCACAUUUUCCAGUGUUCUUACCGGCUUGGCUGCCCUUUCUGACUUUAAAUUAGGAUUGCAGGUUCAUGCUCAGCUUGUCAGAUAUGGUUAUGGUGUUGAGAUUUGUGUGGGGAACUCUUUGGCAGAUAUGUAUAUAAAAAAUCAGAAGUUGGUUGAAGGGUUUAAAGCUUUUGAUGAGAUGCCAGUGAGAGAUGUGUGCUCGUGGACUCAGAUGGCUGCAGGAUGCCUACAGUGUGGAGAACCAAGCAAAGCACUUGAGAUCGUUGCAGAGAUGAAGAAGAUGGGUGUAAAACCGAACAAGUUUACCCUUGCUACUGCCUUGAAUGCCUGUGCUAAUUUGGCUUCAUUGGAGGAAGGGAAGAAAGUUCACGGCUUGAGAAUCAAGCUUGGAACAGACAUUGAUGUCUGUGUAGAUAAUGCUUUACUAGAUAUGUAUGCAAAAUGUGGGUGUGUGGACAACGCAUGGACAGUUUUCCAAUCCAUGAAUGAUCAUUCUAUUGUCUCAUGGACGACAAUGAUCAUGGCAUGUGCAAUAAACGGCCAAGCUAGGAAAGCCCUCAAGAUUUAUGAUGAGAUGAGGCUGAAGGAUAUUCAGCCAAACUACAUAACCUUCAUUUGUGUGCUUUAUGCAUGUGGCCAAGGAGGGUUUAUCGAUGAAGGGUGGGAGUUAUUUGCCUCCAUGACCCGUGAUUAUGGAAUCCUUCCUGUAGAAGAUCACUAUGCAUGCAUGGUAAAUCUUCUAGGUCGAGCUGGACGUGUCAAAGAAGCCGAGGAAUUCAUUUUAAGAAUGCCAUUUCAACCAGGUGUGCUAGUUUGGAAAACUUUGCUCGGUGCUUGUCAUGUAUAUGGUGAUAUGGAAAUCGGGAAGCGUGCAGCGGAGCAUGUAUUAAAUCUGGACGGAAAAGAUCCGUCAACCUAUGUGGUAUUAUCCAACUUGUUUGCUGGCUUGAGCAAUUGGGAUGGGGUAGGGAUGCUGAGAGAAUUAAUGGAAGCUAGGGAUGUGAAGAAAAUGCCUGCAUCUAGUUGGAUUGAAAUUGAAAAGAACCAUUCCCUACUUCCAAAACUUGAAGGAUUAAUGUAAGGGAAGACGACUCUACUUUUCCCUGUUCUUGCGAUUUGGUUCUUUUUGUAAUAUAUGGCCAAAAGUUCAAGCAUGGGAGGGACUUGCAGGUUUCUCUGCAGUUUUUUGGUUUUCGGGUAGAGUUUCUUAAAUCUCAACUUUUUCUUUGAAAUUGAUUAAAAUACCUGUUUGAGCUUUUAUUGAUCAAUUUGUGCACAAAGUUAGAAACCAAAAUUAACCCAGGGGCUCACAAACAAAUCCCCUCAAACUACUAUGUAAUUUGUAUCGUCCUCUCCAAAUUUUCUAUUUAGGCAAUGUACUCUACAAGAAAA